UUAUUAGUAUUUUAUCUAAAGCUUUUAGUAAAAACAAACAGUUGUGGGACCAAUAUUGGAGGAAACCAAUAUCCAAGAUGUCUUACUGUGUUUCUUUAUGGCUUCAUCACAGAUGGAUUUUUGGCUUAGUUGAGAAAAAAACAGAAUGAUGGAAUCACAGCAUUUAAAUGCAAUUUUUGAAUUUUUUCUUUGCAUAGUUGGUGACUGGUAUACAUAUGUUUUAACUGGAAUCAUAACAUUGUUUUUUAUCCCUGUAGUUGUUUUAAUAUUAUUUUAUGCAGUAGCAGUUUUUUUAUAUGCUCACAAAAGUAGAAGAAGAGGCCAUUACAAAGAUAGAGAAGUUUGGUCUGAACAUUUUUGGAAUAGUGCUAGACUGUCUGUUUGCACAUUUAUAAACCUUCUUGCAAAAUAUUGGCAUGCUCAUGAUGUUGUUGGACUAGAAAAUAUUCCAGAUAAAGGCCCUGCACUUUUGUGUAUUUAUCAUGGAACUCUACCCAUAGAUGUGUAUUAUAUUCUAGCUAAGCUCCAACUUAGUAAAAGAAGGCGUUUAAAAGUUGUUGUUGAUCAUUUUUUAUUCAGAUUACCAGGACUAAAAAAUUUGUUAGAAGUAUUUGGGUGUUUUACAGGACCAGCAACAGAGUGUGUGAGAACUUUGCGUAAGGGGCAUUUACUUGCAAUUUUACCUGGAGGUGUUAGAGAAGCUAUAUUUGCAACUGAUGAAUAUGAUUUAAAAUGGAACAAUAGACAAGGUUUUGCAAAAGUUGCUUUAGCAUCUCGUGUGCCAAUUAUCCCUGUUUUUACAACAAACAGCAGAGAAAGUUUUAAAGUUGUAAAAUGUGUUCAAGGCAUAUUUCAGAAAGUAUAUGAAACUACCAAAAUACCUUUAGUUUUAUACUAUGGUGGUUUUCCAGUGAAAAUGACUACAUACUUUGGUCCUAAAAUUGAUUAUGAUCUUAACAUGUCUCCUAAAGAAGUUUCUGACCUAUGUGCAGAUGCUAUUUCUAAUAUGAUCAAAGAGUACCAAAGAACUCCUGGAACAGUAAUUGGGGGGCUCAAAGAUAGAUGGCUUCCACAAAGAACGAAGAACCUAUAAAAGCAUUUUAGUUUUAUGAAACAGAAGUUUUUAUGUAUGUUUUAAUACAGUCAUUAUAUAUAUAUAUAUA